AUGACCAAAAAUUUGCCUAAUAACCAAGUGCACCUCUCACACACCAUUACUGAGAUGAUUACCCAGGCUUUGGACCCAAAGCCUCUAUCUGCAUUGAUUGAAGAUCCUCACGUGCCCCCCCUAUGGAGAGGUGACGGCUUUGCUAGCGUACCGGACUUGCAGCAUGCUCGCUCCCUGCUAUUGGACGUAUUCAGAGGAUCACAGGCUAAAGCGGUGGCUUUGGACGGUUUGGACCAUGUCGUAGUCUUCACUGCAGUGGAGGACCCUGAGGAAACUGGAUCCCAUCUCAUAUGCUUCAGACACUACCAUCUGACAUUCAAGCGUACUGGCACGAAGCUACCUCAUGUCGAGCUCACCGAGCUUGGACCGAGGUUCGAUCUCAAGACGGACAGAGAUAAGGCUGCUGAUCAUGAGAAGUGGAAGUAUGCUACUAGACUACCCACGCAGACGUCUACUACCGAGUAUAAUAAGGAUAAGGAGCGCCCGAAGAAGUCUAAGAAUAUCACCACUGAUAUCAUGGGACAACGUCGUGGUCGUAUUCAUCUCGAGAGCCAGAACUUUGAUAAGCUGUAUACUCCGCAUCACAAGUCGUUCCUCAAAAGAAAAGAGAAGUUCGCUGAGGCUCCUGCGGCUGCUGAGGAGAAUGAAGGAGGUUAUAUGGGUUUCGACAUCUAA